AUGAAGCUAUCAUCCAAGCCCAUAUCGAGUCCGGGUCGGACUGAGAAGUAUCCACCACCAUUGAUGGGGUUUUUGAGAAGCAAUGUUGGGAGCAGAAGCAGGGGAAGGUUCCGUUCAAGCCCAAUGUUUGUAAGAAAAAAGAACACCUCCAUUGAAACCCAAGAGCCUUCUUCGCCUGAAGUCACUUGCAUGGGUCAGGUUCAUGUCAAACGCUCCAAACAAACGGGUUCAAAACCCGGUGGGCCCGGAGCUUCUACCCGUCGCCACAGCUGCUGUAAGUGGGUGAGAAAUGCUCUGUUUUGCCAUCAUUUCCCUGGGAAAGUCGUUGCCAAGCCUUUUUUUAGACCCUCUUGGAAGCAAUGGUGGGCGAUUUUCCAUAUGGGAUCUUCUUCUUUAGCUUGUAGAUUUUGGGGGUCACCAUUAUUUAACCGAGAAACAAACGAAGAAACAGAGGAAAUAGAGCUAGAAGACAGAGGAUUGAAUGAAGAAGGGGAUCCAACUUCGGAAAAAGAGUCCAUUUGUAGAAAUUCGGAUGAGGGACCCCAAAUGGAUUCGGAAACUGAAGAAAAGCAGGGUUUUUCCAAGGAAUUAGAAGAGGAAAAAAAAGAAAAAUCUGAAAACAAUGAAGAGUUGAAAACAGAGCAAUUUGAGAAGGUACGGCCUCUUAUUCUCACAAGAUGUAAAUCAGAACCGGCGAGAACAGCUGAAAGACUCGAUCCUGAGCUGAGUUUCUGGAAGAACAGAAGAGUGUUAUCUGCUUUUGGUUCCAGGGCUGUUCUGGGGGGUUUUAUGGCACUUUGA